UUUCCCUCCGCGCUGCUUUCCUGAGGUCCUGCCGCUGAGCCCCGGCGCGGGGCACGAGAAGCCCCCCGGUGUCGCCCGGAGACCACCCGACUGCGCGCACACCUCGCCAGCGGAGCACCGGGACAUGAGCGGCGCGCACGGCGUCCGUUGCCAGGAGGCCAGCCCCAGCCGGUGGCGGCCAGCGGGUCGGCGCUGCCCGGGAGAAUGAGGCAGGAGCCGGCGGCCGCCUCCUCUUCCUCCGGCUCCUCGUCGCCUUCCUCCGGCUCUGGCGCCCCGGGCCCGGGCCGGGCUGUGGCUCUGCCGCGUGCCCCGCGCGCCCCCCGCCCGCCUCCGGAUGCGCUUCUCGGUUAGCCUGGUGAGGAAGAUAAAGACAUUUGCAACCAAGAUGGUAAUCACGAGUGGAAAUGAUGAAGACAGAGGAGGCCAAGAAAAAGAAAGUAAAGAAGAGAGCAUCUUGGCAAUGCUGGGGAUUAUCGGGACCAUUCUGAAUCUUAUCGUCAUCAUAUUUGUCUACAUAUACACCACUCUGUGAACGGCCCGGAAGACGGGAGUCCUGUGCGUCAAGAGCUCAGUGACUGGACCCUGUGAGAACAAGCAGGCUGGACCUACACACACCGCUCGAUCAAAUGCACCUUCAGACUUUAUAAAAGGCCACAAAAAUCAACCAAUCCUGCUGCAAGGAGCAGUCGCUAAAGCACAAUGAAUCCAACAGAACUCGUUCACACCACAAGGAACUCAACGUCCUUGGCAGGGGACCUGAAAGAACGCUUGGAAGAGCAGCCUUGGACGCCAUCGGUGAGCGGAUGGGUGCAGGAAUUCUUUAUCCCAGAUCGCUGACGGAUGUCACAUAUUUGAAAAGAUGAAUGGGUUGGACAUGGCCCGGCCGUGUGUCUCCCAAGACAAGUGUUUCGUCUCAACUCAGUGAGCUGUUUAGUUCGCAAAACCACAGGGGCAGGUCUUUGACAGGCAUCCCAUUCAUCAAAAGUGUCUAACUAUUUGAUACCAGGGAGAUAACUUAUUUUUCUUUUUUCAUUGGCUUGACGUGUGUAUCUGUUCAUAUCAAGGUUUAUAAAUAUAUAUUUUUAAUAAAUGUGCUCUAUUUUUUAGCAUGAACCAAAUAUUUGGAGAGGCUCUCCUGGAUCCACAGAGCUUUCCUUGUUUUAUCUGCUUUGCCUCCUGACUGCAGAUGCUCCUGUGUGUGGCCAUUCCAAUCCUCGUCUCAUCUUGAAUCUUUUACCUUUGUGUGCGCUCUCUCCCUGUCCCUCUCUCUCUCGCUCUCUUUCUGGUCUGGAAAAUAUUUUUCCAUAAUACCAGCCACGGUCUUAGUUGGUGCAUGUUUUAAGAUUGUCUGUUGAGUGGCUUUUUGUUGUUACGUUGGAGAUAUAAAACGAUCGUGGGCAUGCAGACCCUGGAUGCACCUUACCUUUACUGAGAAUUUUGCAUGAACAAGGGCUGAGUGACAGAUCAGCUUUAAAAAAAAAAAAAAAAAAAAGACUACCAUUGAGGAAGAAGAGCGUGGCUGUAUUAUUUACAGAUCUACCAUUGGACAGAAUAUUCACCUUCUUACUGGUGGCAUUAUUAAUUAUUUCAUUCUUGUGACCAUUUGUUUAUCAGAUUUUGAUUUUAAUGGCCGUGUCCUACGAGAGAUGGGAAGAACAAGGGGGAAACUUGCAUUAGGUGCAUAAUUCUUUCCUUAGAGAGAUGCCUGGGAUCCUCUUCAAAUGUAGGUGGGUUGUGAAUAACAUGUAAACUCUGCACUGUGAGAGCCCAUGGUGAUUGAGGCUGUGAGGACACCCCGAGACAGGUGACUUUUCGAUGGCACUAGAAGGGGAUCUGAUGAUUGCCCUAAAGGAUUGCUGUGCUUCUCAAAGCUCCUGGUUUACACCCACAUGAAGCUACUUCCUCCCUGGCAGGGAUGGUUGAAUACAUAUGAAUUUGCUCUGUUCUUCCAGCUCCCUGAAGCGAGCCCUUGCCUGGCUGCAGCGGCGUGGCCUUGAAGAGUGGGUCACUGUUACUUCCACCGGUGCCAGCCUUGGCUGUGGGCAGAAGCAGUAGCACUCUGCCUCCUGGUUGCUCAAGUGAUAUCGAGGAGGUCUCUGCCUACACAUCUCCCCCUCCCCCAUGCUAUGGGGUCUGAAAUUCCAUUAGAGAGUCAUUUAUUGGGCUCUACUAAGGGAUCAGGCUCUUUUGUAAAACUAAUGUCCCUGAGCACCUGGCUCUGACAUUGAUUCAUCAGAUGCCAUAUCUUCCAUGCCAGAAGGAAGGAAGCUGAGGUGUAUUUAGGGCAUACUGUGUACCAGGCGCUGUUCCAGACACUUACAGAACCUUAAGUCCUUCCCCCACACUGUAGAAGAAAGGAGGGCUCAGAGAUCAGGAAACGUCCCCGAGAUCACGUGACUAGUAGUGGAGCCAGGAUGGAGACCCUGAUCUAUCUGAUUCCUUAGCCCGGUGAGGGCCUGGAGGCUGCUGGGGAAGAGAGGAAAUGGGGAGGUGGAAAAGUCACAGGAAAAGCCACUCGGGAGGGACAGCUCUGCACACCUCCCUCAUAAAAAGAAAUGACCCCUGGGAACUCCUUCCACACUGGCAGAAUAUUAUAUAAAUAAGGACAAGGGACAAGAAGUAAAACAAAUGUCAGCAAGAGGGAGCUAUCUAACAGGUUCUGUGUGAUUCUACAAGGACUGUAUGAAAAUUCUGAACAGUGAACAGAGUAAAAAAUAAAGGUGCA